AUGGUCAGAGACGUAUUCAGCGAGACCCAAUUAGCCAAUCUUGUUGGCAGUCUUGGUGUUGGUCAUGUUCGUUACCCUACCGCAGGUUCAUCUUCUAUGUCUGAAGCUCAGCCUUUUUACGUGAACUCUCCCUACGGCAUCACUUUUGCGCAUAAUGGUAAUUUGACAAACGCUCGUGAAUUAAGAACGUUUCUUGAUAAAGUCGCUCAUCGUCACAUCAAUACUGACUCCGAUUCCGAAUUAUUGUUGAAUAUUUUGGCUGACAAUUUACAAAAGACUGGAAAAUUCAGAGUCAACGAGGAAGAUAUAUUUACUGCUAUUAAAGAUUUAUACCAACAAUGUAAAGGUGCGUAUGCUUGCGUUGCAAUGAUUGCCGGUUUUGGUAUCAUUGGUUUCCGUGAUCCUCAUGGUAUCAGACCUUUGAUCCUUGGCCGUCGACAAAGUGCUCAUGGUUAUGAUUACAUGUUCGCCUCCGAAAGUGUUGUGUUAGAAGCACUUGGUUUCACUGAUUUUGAAGAUGUGAAGGCUGGUGAAGCAAUUAUUAUUACUCGUGAACAAGUCUCUCGUCGUCAAUUGGUCGUGGAAGAAACUUUGGCCCCUUGUAUUUUUGAGUAUGUCUAUUUUGCUCGUCAAGAUAGUAUUAUUGAUGGUAUUUCUGUCUAUAAAGCACGUCUUUCUAUGGGCGAAGCAUUGGCUGAUCAGGUGGUAAAGGCGUUUGGUGAUAAGAUGGAUAUUGACGUUGUGAUUCCAGUUCCAGACACUAGUCGUGCGGCUGCACUUGAAUGUUCCCGUAAAUUAAAUAUUAGUUAUCGUGAAGGAUUCAACAAAAACAGAUAUGUCGGCAGAACAUUUAUUAUGCCCGGUCAGCAAGUUCGCCGCAAAAACGUGCGUCGUAAAUUGAAUGCAAUGGCAUUAGAGUUCAAUGGAAAGAAUGUUUUAUUGGUGGAUGAUUCGAUCGUCAGAGGUACUACAUCCAAAGAAAUUAUCAUCAUGGCUCGUGAAGCAGGCGCAAAGAAGGUUUACUUCGCCUCUUGUGCUCCCCCUAUCAGAUACCCCAAUGUUUAUGGUAUUGACAUGCCUACCCGUAAAGAAUUAGUUGCUUUUGGACGUGACGAUGAACAGAUCGCUAAAGAAAUCGGCGCUGAUAAAGUCAUUUACGAAGAUUUGCAUGAUCUUACGGAAUCCGUUCGUCGAUUUAACCCUUCCGUUAAAACGUUUGAUACCUCCGUAUUCGAUGGGGAAUAUGUCACCAAGGAUGUUGAUGAGACUUACUUCAGUUAUAUCGAAGGUGAACGUAAUGAUGACGACAAGACAAUUAGCACAGACAAUGAAAGUAUUGGGUUGCACAACAGCUUCAGAAAGUAA